GCAAAACACGUCUAUCUCUUGCGCCUCUGCUUGAAGAAAUACUCGAAAAUUCCUGAGCUCUUUUCCCACGGAUAUGCGCAGCGUAUUACCAAACCCAUGAUGGACAAUGACGAUGUGGGAAUGGGAGGGAAAGGCGGGGUCAUUGGUUCCAUAGACCUGGGCGAAAGUAUCGAAUGUCGCCGAGAUAAUUUGCUUCCGAUUGCGACGAAGAAUCUCGAGAGAAGAGCAGACGUGACACUAGGACAGCAAAUGUCCAUUGAGGAGAAAUGGUUGGCAGAUGAGCGACUCAAGCUUGAAACAGAUGCAAUGGAAAAAUUCGAACUCCGACAGAUGGCUGUAGAGAUGGAGAGCUUCAGAAGCAAGGUAGAGGCAUCAAGGAAACGAAUCGAGAAGAAUAUGGCCGCUAAGAUAAGGGCCGCAAGAGUCAGAGACGUACAGAGACAACACAAGAGAAUGCUAGGUUCCCAGGAAUAUGUACAGGCGACACAGAUAGACCCCACUACCACGAGUCAAAAAUCCCGAGAGAGUUUGAUCGAAGAUCAAGCGAAGCAUGAAUAUGCCAAGAUCAUACAGCAGAAUAAUGUUGAAGAUUGCCGAGCAGGAAUUGUGGAAGAGGGUGCCAGCGACAAGGUGUUCAAUAAUUGCGAAGAAGAAGAGCAGGAAAUCAGAGAUGGAGUUGCUGAAGGGAAAAAGCUGAAUGAUUCAGAGGACCCAGAACACACCACAGCUAAUUCAGCAAAGCAAUCACAGGUUGAGACUGUUCUUAUCGAGAAUAAAAUCUUGACCCAGAGCCCCUAUCUUUCCAGCGACGGUUCUCUCGAAAAGCCGGAUCUCGAGAAUUUGCCCAAGCGCCCUUUUUCUACCGACUGUCAAGAGGCAAACUUCGCUGCAAAGGAAGUCUUGGCAGAUGACUUCACUACCCAGAAUUCUACCUACCUGUCGAGCACAUUCUUGUCCAGCAUAUAUUUGCAAGCAACUCAGCCCUUGCAUGAUUUAGGGUCCUGGGAAUCUUCUAUGCGAGACCAGCCCACGUUGCUCACUGCAAAGAAUGAUGAGCAUGUCCGAAGGUCAGGGAAUAUAAUCUCAGGAGAUGCUGUCCUAUCGAACAUAGCACCAGCGAGAGCAAAGACUCACCACGAGAUGAACCACGCCGAAGACGAGAGCUCUUAUCGCUACAGCUCUAAUUUGAGCGAGGCCUGCACGCAAUUGGUGGUGAAGCGUAAUCAUCUUUGGGGAACUGGCUACAAAAUCGGCUUGACUUUUCUUGAUGGAAGUCCGCAGCAGCACAGAGAUGUCAUGAAAUGGGUACAGACUUGGGAGCGAUACGCGAACAUUAAUUUCGUGGAGGUCAAACAGGCCGAGUCUGAUAUUCGAAUUAGCUUCAAGUUUGGCGAGUGUUGGUCCUAUGUUGGUACCAAAGCUCUCGAUAUUCCAAAAGAAGAGCCGACAGUGCGACUUGGUAUUGCCCCAUGGAACACGAGUGCAGAAGUACAACGCGUGGUCCUUCAUGAGUUUGGGCAUGUGUUAGGAUGCCUCCACGAACACCAAUCGCCCCACAAUCCACUUCUAUUCGAGGAAAAAGCAACAUGCGAGUACUUUGCUGCAAAAUAUAACUGGCCUCAUGAUCGGACUGAGCGUGACGUCCUGCGAAUGUACACGCCAAGGGAGGUAGAUUCCACCAUGUAUGACAGCAAGUCCAUCAUGCACUACUCCUUCCCUGAUACCGUCUUCUCGAAUAAGGUCGCUAUUUCGGUGAACUACGAACUUUCAGAAAUCGACCGGAAAAAGAUUGGCACGCUGUACCCAUUUGACGUCGAAUCAUCCUCUUCUCAAAAGUCGAACUGGAUGCAACAAACCAAGCAGGCUCUAAAAAAGAAUGUCCUUGGCAUGUCUCCAACGAAUAUUACGACCCCAAGUAUACCGGAGCUUACAAUACAAUUGUUUGAGACAGCUGGAAGACCCUUUGACUUUGUACAAGACACUGUUAAACGGCAAGUACAUUUUUUGGGAUUGUUGUGCAUAGCAGGUCAGCUACUCGUGGUGGGUUUGUGGGUGGUCUAUCGAUCUCUCGCAUGGGCAAAUCAGUGAUAUACGGCUGUGUUGUACUUCUAUAUAGAUAUCCUCUUUAUUUCCCAAGACUUGCAUAUUCUUAAACAUGUCGAAAUGCC